UUUAUACUUCUGAUUUUCGCACUAUAAAUUUCGCACAAAUUUAAUGAAAAACUAUCAGUCAACUUCCACAUUUCAAACUGUAAAGCACCUCAACCACUAUCCAAACAUCAACAACAUGAUGAAAUACAUCACAUUCGUCGCCCUCUUCGCUUUCGCCACCGCUGCUCCUGGUUUCAUCGCUCAACCAGUUGUGGCUAAAGUAGGUGCCGUUAUACACAGCGUUCCAUCUGCCACCUCUCACCAAAGCAUCACUCAAGUGCACAACAAUGCCCAUAUUGUUACACCCGUCGUAAAAGCUGUUGCUCCAGUCGUGCCUGUGGUUCAUGCUGCACCCAUCGUCCCAGUUGUGAAGACCUACUCCGCUCCGGUGGUUCCAGUAGUCAAGACAGUUGCUCCUGUCGUCCCAUUGGUUCACACUGUCCCAGUUGUGAAGACCUACUCCGCUCCUGUGGUUCCUGUUGUGAAGACCUACUCAGCCCCGGUAGUUCACCAUGUUCCAGUAGUGAAGUCACUUGUUGCCCCCGUAGUGCCAGUGGUUCAUGCAUCCCCCGUAGCCCAUAUUGUUCAAAAUUAG